CCUUCCUUGCUUCAUCGCACCGCCUUCGCGACGGAUUGCGGCGGCAUCACGCCAGCAUCUGCGACAUGGCUAUCGCGGGGCGCGUCACCGAAAUUCCCGACUCCGAAGACGAGCCCUUCACCUCUUCACCUGAGGCGCUUCCAGAUGGUACCGUUGGCCAGCAAGACGGCACGGCCGAAGAACGACUGCAGGACGCUUCAUCUCGAGGAGGUUGCUUUCCUCCUCUCCUUGGAAAUUCCGAUGUAAUCAAACCUUCAGAGUACACCGCAAACACGUGCAACGACGAGCAGCAAGCCGCGUUAGAUGACGCUCAAUCACAUAAUGCCGUUACACCAGCUAACCCAGAGUAUGACAUGCUCCAUCAGUAUGCAAACGAGCUCCAAAUCUCUCAUCGAAAUGUUGCAUUACUCACUGACAUUCGCGACUCUUCUAACCAGCAUGCAAGCGCACCUACCAACUCAUCUCCCGUGCACAUCUUGAACAAGCCGGAAGACGCAGCAGAAACAGCAUCCAGCGGCAGUAUGAAGGAACAGAUCAUCCCAGCUGGUGAGAGCGUCUCGAAACCCACGGUUAAAACACCAUACGCAGCGCCAUCUCGAACUUGUGUUAUUAAUGACUUCAUCGCUAUGGAUAACGACCUGUUGACCCACGAUGAACAGCCCGUCCUCCCUCCUGUAGCAGAUGCCGUCUGCACUUCGUACUAUGGAAUCGCAUCAACAGUCUCGACAUUAGAAGGCGGUUUAUCAGAUACACAGCCCACUGGACAGACACAGACAAACCUCCUGCCUGCAGAAGGGGACCCGUUAUCGCAGUAUGGUCUCCCUAAGAAACCACACUCGGCCUUGUACAUUGGAGAAAGCGGUAUACAGAACAAUAGCGUUAACUCUAGCGAUACGAAAGGCCGCGGCUGUUCCUGUCCGCCCAGCCUCUCGCCAGCGGAUCUAUCGAGUUUGUCGAACGACCAUGCUUCCAGAAGAUCGAUGACGACAGGCGUAGCAACGCUUGCUAACCCGGAGAUACAGUCUGGAGAAUUCGAGGAUACCGGAUCAUCAAGAGUGCCCAGUUCAGCAAACGAGGACAGCAGGCAACCAUCGGUAGCAAAUGUCGAUAGUUCGAACAUCCUACGCAACAUCACCAUGGAGUAUAUUGAUCAAGAUUUGCCCGCGAAGUCUGUACAGCCGUCGACAACACCCAAGCAGCAGUCCUGGGUUGAAAGCGUGGGAGGGCAUCAUUUGGCACACCCGAGGCUCGUAAUUAGCGCAGACCUUGCACUAAACCUAGGUUGGACGAAAAAGCCAGGUGAAGUCCACAUCGGCGAAGCUGCAAGCAACGAAGAACCCAACACAGCACCUCUGGAAGCGUCAAACACCACUCUGCAGAUGCAGAACGAAGCUCGGGGGCCUGCCGCACUCGAAUCGAGAAAUCAAAAUAGAGGAGAGCAUACUGGGUCAAAUAAAGAAACCGUGCCCUCGCUGGUAGUAGAGGUGGCUGCCACCCAACCCACAUUGAAUGCUUUCACACAGAGUUCGUCGUCAGCAGCUUCCAUUGCCGAAGACCCACAACCAACUCCAGCCAAGAGUCCACAAGAAGUCAACAUCGCGGGAUUAAAGGCAAAACGAGCUGCUCUUAUCGCAUCUCUUGCUCACUUGCCUGCUAUUCAAGACCUCCUGGCAUCUACCAGGAAUUCGGGUGUGAACUCUUCAAUGUCCGAUGCAGAACCAACGGAGAGCGAGAUUAUGGCAGCAGCCCAUCAGAUCAAUAAAAAACACAUCAAGCUUUUGCAUGAGUACAAUGAAAUCAAGGACGUCGGCCAAGGCCUCAUGGGUCUCAUCGCAGACCAGCGCGGCGAGAGGAUUGUGGAAGUACAGCAGCACUUUGGCAUUGAUGCCAACGACUGAUGAUUGCGUUCCGUGAUGGGAAUGGGUUUUAAAGGCGUUAUGGGGUUUCCACUUUUUCGACAUAUGAUACCCAGGAUCCCAGCAUUUCCUUUUAGCCCAUUUGAUGUACAAAUUCAGCUUCAGCUAGGACUUCACCAACAUGGCUCAUUACUUAGUGCAUUUCAUGCGUUGAAUGCUGUCUGCACUCGAACUGGCGUCUCCCUUCCUCUCCUGUCGUGCUUUAUGAAUUUCAAUUCGGUCCUUUCGCUUUCGCUUUCACCUU